UAGAAUUACUAUUUAGUCUAUUUUACUUAAUUUAAUUUGUUGUUUUAGGUAAUAAUCUUAUUAAUCAUGUCCUAGACACGAUUCUUAUAAUAAUAUGUGAAUUAAUAUACAACAUGGCUUGUUUACAUAGUUUCCAUAUAAGUUUAAGAAUAUUUUUCCAUUGCUUUAAUUUCUGUCAUGGUUUCAUUGGUGUUUUAUAGGAUGGGGAAGCUCGUCCUACAAGGUGAUCAUGACAAACUCGGCGAAGCUGAACCAAGCAAUGGGACUACAUAGGUCAUCAACUUCCAAGAAGCAAAAGGUGCAACCCAUCACGAAAGUAGUAAAGAAUGACGAGAACAGUGUCAAUCUUUCCUUAGCAUCAAUCACCUCAAACCUGCAUGAUAUCUCUACUCCUAAUAGACCAAUCUCCUCAGAUUUAGCUUAUAAUUCCUGGGUGGUUGAGCACCCUUCUGCAUUGGGCUCAUUUGAUCGGAUGAUGAAAGCAGCAAAAGGGAAGAGGAUGGUUGUUUUCCUAGACUACGAUGGGACCCUUUCACCAAUUGUUGAUGAUCCUGACCGUGCCUUCAUGUCUGAUGAGAUGCGUGCUGCAGUACGGGAAGUUGCCAAGUAUUUUCCAACAGCAGUAAUUAGUGGAAGGAGUAGAGAUAAGGUUAAAGGAUUUGUACAGUUAAGUAAUGUAUAUUAUGCUGGAAGCCAUGGGAUGGAUAUAAUGGUCCCACCAAGGCCACUAAACCCCUGCGAUGGCAAGAAUCACACUACAACCAUGGAUAAAAAGGCGAGUGACGUUCUCUUUCAACCUGCUAAAAGAUUUCUGCCUGCAAUCCAAGAGAUACGAACACUGUUAGAGGAGAUAACCAGGAAAAUAGAAGGUGCUAGGGUAGAGGACAACAGAUUCUGCAUCUCUGUACAUUUCCGCAAGGUCCGGGAUGAGGAUUAUGACAUAUUAGAAGCAAAGGUAAAGUCUGUACUUGAAAACUAUCCUGAAUUUCAUCUCACCUUCGGCAAAAAGGUCUUGGAAGUACGGCCAUCCAUAGAAUGGAACAAAGGUCAUGCCCUAGAAUAUUUACUUGACACUCUUGGAUUCAGCAAUUCCAGUGACGUCCUCCCGUUGUACAUUGGGGAUGAUCGGACUGAUGAAGAUGCUUUCAAGGUGAUACGAAGUAGAGGACUAGGGUUUCCGAUAAUUGUGUCUUCAACCCCAAGGGAUACCAAAGCUUGCUAUUCCCUGCAGGAUCCGUCGGAGGUGUUAACUUUCUUGUUACGGAUUGCAAGGUGGAGAAAAGCGUCUUCUUCGAGCAGGUCACUUGCUCAAAUUUGGGGUCCUGGGAAUUUACCUAGAUCAGUUAAUUAGCUAGAUUUUGUACAUAAGCUUUUAAGAAAUAUUAUUAGGAAAAUUGAGGCCAGUAUUUGUUAGGGACUUAAUAACCCUAAUAUAUAUAGCUAAAUUAUAGGUUCGUAAGUAGAAGAAAAUGAAGCCACAGAGUUUCACUGUUAUGUUUUAGUCUGUUUCGGUGAAACUCCAGCCCAUCCCCAUGCAUAUAUUAUACAUAUAUAUAUAUAUAUAUAUGUAUGUAUAUGUAUGUGUGAAUGUCCGUAAUUUCCAGCUUUUUUGGAAAUGUGUUUUCUGGUGUGUGCUGUAUUCAUGAAUAUUAUGCAUGUGCUAUGUUAAUAUUGCAGUAUUUUAAUUUUAGUAUAUUUAAUUAAGCUUAA